CGGAGCCGAGGCCGCAGGCGGGCGGCGGCGGGAGGAAGAGGAAGCGACUGCCGCGCGGUCUCCCGCCCUUCCCUCCCCGGCCGGGCGGAUGCUUUGUGGGUAGGCGUCGGCGGAGGGGCGGCCGCCUGGCUGUGGCUGGCGGCGGCGGAGCCGGGCCGGGCGAAGAUGGUGCUGCUGAGGGUCCUCGUCCUGCUCUGCUCCUGGGCGGCCGGAGCCGGAGGUCAGUAUGGAAACCCUCUAAAUAAAUUCAUAAGACAUUAUGAAGGACUGUCAUACGACGUGGAUUCAUUACACCAAAAACACCAGCGUGCCAAAAGAGCAGUAUCUCAUGAAGACCAAUUUUUGCGCUUAGAUUUUCAUGCUCAUGGAAGACAUUUUAAUCUGAGGCUGAAAAGAGAUAUGUCUCUCUUUAGUGAUGACUUCAAGCUUGAAAUGUCAGAUAAAGUAAUUGAUUAUGAUACCUCCCAUAUUUAUACUGGGCACAUUUAUGGUGAACAGGGAAGCUUUAGCCAUGGAUCUGUUGUUGAUGGAAGAUUUGAAGGAUUUGUCAAGACUCACACUGGAACCUUUUAUAUUGAGCCAGCAGAAAGAUAUAUUAAGGACAAAAUCCUGCCUUUUCAUUCUGUCAUGUACCAUGAAGAUGAUAUCAAAUAUCCACAUAAAUAUGGACCACAAGGUGGUUGUGCAGAUCAUUCGGUCUUUGAAAGAAUGAAGAAAUACCAAAUGACUGGUAGAGAAGAGCCAAGACACCAGCAGCCAUCUGAAGAAGAGACCAGACAGGACCCUGAGCUCUUGAGGAAGAAGCGAGCUGCACAAGCCGAAAAGAACACCUGCCAGCUCUACAUUCAGACCGAUCAUCUGUUCUUCAGGUAUUACGGAACCCGAGAAGCUGUGAUUGCACAGAUUUCCAGCCAUGUUAAAGCAAUUGACACAAUUUACCAGUCAACAGAUUUCUCAGGAAUCCGAAAUAUCAGUUUUAUGGUGAAACGAAUUAGAAUCAACACUACCCAAGAUGAAAAAGACCCUUCUAAUCCCUUCAGAUUUCCAAACAUUGGUGUGGAGAAAUUUCUAGAACUUAAUUCUGAGCAGAAUCAUGAUGAUUAUUGUUUGGCCUACGUGUUUACUGAUCGUGAUUUUGAUGACGGUGUGCUUGGCUUGGCCUGGGUUGGAGCACCUUCGGGGAGCUCUGGUGGAAUCUGUGAGAAAAGCAAGCUUUAUUCUGAUGGGAAAAAGAAGUCCUUAAAUACUGGCAUAAUCACGGUGCAAAACUACGGUUCCCAUGUCCCUCCUAAGGUCUCUCAUAUCACCUUUGCGCACGAAGUGGGGCAUAACUUUGGUUCUCCUCACGACUCUGGAACAGAAUGCACUCCUGGAGAGUCCAAAAACUUGGGGCAAAAAGAAAAUGGCAAUUACAUAAUGUAUGCACGGGCAACAUCUGGCGACAAACUGAACAACAACAAAUUCUCCAUCUGCAGCAUUCGGAAUAUCAGUCAAGUGCUUGAAAAAAAGAGGAAUAAUUGUUUUGUUGAAUCUGGCCAGCCCAUCUGUGGGAACGGACUGGUGGAGCAAGGGGAGCAGUGCGAUUGCGGCUACAGCGACCAGUGUAAGGACGACUGCUGCUACGAUGCCAACCAGCCGGAGGACAAGAAGUGCAAACUGAGACGCGGCAAGAACUGCAGCCCCAGCGAAGGCCCCUGUUGUACGCAGAAUUGUGAAUUCAAGAAGGAGCGGGAAAAGUGCCGGAAUGAUUCUGAGUGUGCCGAAGAAGGAAGGUGCAACGGUAACUCUUCUUUCUGCCCCACAUCUGUACCGAAGCCAAACUUGACAGACUGCAACAGACGUACACAAGUUUGCAUCAAUGGUCAAUGUGCCGGCUCCAUCUGUGAGAAAUACGACUUAGAAGAAUGUACCUGUGCUAGUUCUGAUGCAAAGGAUGAUAAAGAAUUAUGCCAUGUCUGUUGCAUGAAGAAAAUGCAUCCGGAAACGUGUGCCAGUACGGGAUCUGAAGCAUGGAAGGAUUAUUUCAGUUUCAAAACUAUCACCCUCCAGCCAGGGUCACCCUGCAAUGAUUUCAAAGGUUAUUGCGAUGUCUUCAUGCGGUGCCGCUUGGUGGAUGCUGAUGGCCCCCUGGCCAGGCUGAAGAAGGCCAUUUUCAAUCCAGAGCUGUAUGAAAACAUUGCAGAGUGGAUUGUGGCGCACUGGUGGGCCGUCCUGCUCAUGGGGAUUGCACUCAUCAUGUUGAUGGCGGGAUUCAUCAAAAUCUGCAGCGUUCACACCCCGAGCAGCAACCCAAAGCUGCCACCGCCCAAACCCCUUCCAGGCACCUUGAAGCGAAGGAGGCCACCCGCAACGACCCAGGCUGCUCCACGGCAGAGUUCCCGGGAGAGUUACCAGAUGGGUCACAUGAGACACUAAGGGCUGCUCGUUGCCUUGGUUCUUCCUAGUGCCUACAGUGGGAAAAUUUCGCUCCAAAGAAACCCGUAAUAAGUCAUUGUCCCUAGUCGACGAAGGAGGUUCUCCAAACCUGGAAAAGUCCGACGAUCCCUUUUCCCUGCCCCGAAGCGAAGGGGCCGGCCGCGAAGCAGAUCUUUAGCAGUCUUCUGAAGCCACGCGUUUCUCUCCCCCCUCAGAUCUUCGCUGUUGCCUUUUCUUCACCUGCAGGCAAACGUAGCUCUGACGGAGCUUCUCCUCACGUGAAUUAAAGUACCUGUUUUUCAGCUGCCAAGGCUAGGAAGCUAGACUGCCUCGAUGUUGGAGACGUUACUUUGCCAAUGUACAUAAAUGGUCAUAUGCAGACAUUGUAUUUCUAAUGUACACCUGUACUUCUGUGUGCAAUUGUAAAACAAUAUAAUUGCAAUAUGGAUGUUCCUUUAUAUUAUAAACCUUUUACGCUCUUAAUGAAGAAAUUACUGUUUAAUUGACAUACUCAGGAUAACGGAAGGUUGAUGGUGUAUAAAGGUCCGGGAUUCUGUAAUGCUUUACGCAGGAAUUGUGAAUCGCGUCAAAUCCGUUUUUUAUGCAUCUCUCUUUCGGUCAGAAUUACUGCUAACGCGCUGCCUGGAUGCCGAGUCCAGGCUCUCCUCCUGCCCAGCUCUGCUGAGAGAAUUCCGGCCGCUCCAGGGGAGGCUUGCGUGGGAAGCGUUCUUUCGGGAUUGGGAUCGUGCCAGCGCUGACCUGAACACUCGGGUCCAACGCCUGCCUUCUUGGGAGGGCAGCAGAAGCCUUUGCAGAGAAGAAAGAGACCUUUGCCUAUUCUGUUAAAUGAUCAACUUUUCUUUUCCCCAUGAUUUGGUAGUAAGAUAAGUCUCUCGUAUUUUUCUCACAUUGCAGCUGGCUUUCUUUGUUAUGCUCUGAUCGCCUUGAUAAGUGAUAAUGAUCCCAAUUCUGAUAAAUUUGGGAGAGAUUAAAAUACGUUUUUUUUUUGGUUAUGUUUUAACAAGUAUUUUGGUAAACUUUCAGCAUGAAACUGUUUUAAAGGAUAACCACUAAAACAGAAGCCACUACUGUGGGAGUUGCUGUGAUGGUGUAAUUAUUGCAGGUGCGGAAUGUGAAAGGCACUAAAGAGGAUCUCAAACAGCACAAUGGCCCAAAGUUUUUAUUGCAAGUGUAUAUAAUUGGCAUUUUUUUUUAAAAAAAAGAAAAAGCAAUGUCAUAAUAUGCUUAACUGCUAUGCAGGAAAUGGAAGAGGGCAUUAUUCAAGCUUGUAUUCACUGCUUCUGUUUUUCCAAAAGCACCAAGCUGAUUGGGAACCAAAUGGCUGCAAAAUAUUUCUGGCUUUGCUUAGGAAUCCAGUUGUAUCGGGGGGGGGGGGGGGGGCUGGCUAGGCUGUGGGUUUUGUUUUGGUUUUUCAAGAGUACAAGGUUUACACACGCAUUCCUUCUCAUAUGUGACUCGCAAGCCAGCAAGGCGAAAAACGUUACAAGAAUAUAAUGGGAUCUCUUCCUUGUAAAACUUGUACAGUAUGUGGUGACUUUUUUCAGAAUACAGGUUUUUUGUACAUGGUUUAGAGACAAAUUUUGUAUAUGAAUCCCCCAGACUAAUAGAUUAUAAAUAAUUCUGAAGGAUCUUAACUAGCUAGAGGUCUCUGUAGUUGCUUUUAAACCAUUUUAAAAUACCAUUUUGGGAUUAUUCUUUUUUUCUUCAGACUGUGCGAAGACUGGAAGCUAGGUUUGCAUUUCUGAAAUGGUGGCUUUUAUUCUACGAGAGUUCUUAGCAACUUCUUAAGUGUGGUUGAUCUUGGACCAUGUAAAUUCUUUGCUUGUAAUGUUAUCCUGUGGCAAGGGUGUUUGGCAGAAAGCUGGCUGACCUGUUUUUAUUUGGGGUCUAAGUUUAAUGUUUUCUGCAAAAAAAAAAAGUGCACUGAACUCUCUACUACAAGUCAAGAUGUGGUAAAAUAAAAAAUAUCAAGGCAAAUUGCGAUCUAAUACUACUGUCAGUUUAAUGUCCACUGUGUUUUAUACAGUAUCUUUUUUGUUCACUUUGGAAAUUUUUACUAAAAAGUUGCAAAAAAAAUUAUAAAGUAUUGUGCAAACAAAUGUAAGGGUUUUUGAAACUUGAAAUGCAUUAAUAAAUAGACCUGAUGAAAUCA